AUGGUGAGCGACUCGCCCGCUCAGCCAGCGCAGCUGCCCAAAUCCGACUCGCCAGCGCCCUCCUCGUCCCGGUCCGCCUCGUUCAUCUCGGCAGACUUGAAUGUGCGGCUCUCGGGGCGGAUCGUGGGCGAUGGCGAGGCAGGACGGAUAGAGGGCCUGCAGGUCGAGCUGGAUCAGGGCGGCAUCACCGUCAGAUACCCUCAGCUACUCAGUGUGCAGACGAAACCCGAGUUGCAGACGCUCUCGUCCACCAACACCGGCGAACGCCUCUUGACCCUCCCGACGCCGUUCAUCACCGCCUCGUCCGGCUCGUCCGACUCGAACGAGUACGAUGAUGCGUUCGAGGACGACAGUGGCAGUUCGACGCCGAAGAAGACGGUUGUGACGCUGCACGAGGGGUUCCUCCCGGCUUCGGAAACCGAACAGAUCGAACAGUCGCCCCUCUUCUCGUCGACCUUCAAGAUCCUCGUCGACAGCCCGUCCUUCCCCGCUCCGCACUUUGAUCCGGCGUCCCUUGCUCCGCUGACUCCCUCCGUCAAACCACUCGACCCAACUUCCGCCUCGUCCGCAGCCGCGUACGGCGGGAUCCUCAACUCGCCAACGCUGCAACGGGCACUCCUCUCGCCCCUCUUGUCCCCUCAGCGCCGCGCAGCAAGUCAGGGUAGCGACUUGUCUGUCCCGCCUCUCUCGCUCGGGUUGAGCCGGACGAGCAGGGCGUCCUUCUCUGGCGCCGGCGAGCGUCCGCGAGUGCAGGGCGGCGCUCAGCCCUCGCUCGUCUCGCUCAUUCCGUCACUGGCACCUCCCGCAUCAGGACCCUCAACCGCCUCUUCCUCCUCGACCGACCCACCGCACUCUUCCUCAGUCCCUCACGGCCCCUCGCUCGCCACAACCCUCACCCACGCGCUCUCUUCGUCCGCGAAAAAGACAGCAGAAGAGAUCCUCUCCCUCCGACGCACGCACGACGCCUACCAACGUCGGGCGAAAGCCGAGUUGGAGAUCUUGGAGCAACGAAUCGAGAUUGCGAGGCAGAAUGGAGCGGGAGAGGGAGCGGAGGGAGUCGUGAGGGGGUUCAAGACGAGGGAGGAGAGGGAGAAGAGUGUCAGUGCGAGUCGGAGUCGCGAACGGGAUGAGAAGGACAAGAAGGAAGAGGGGAAGAAGGCUGGGAGUGGCAGCAGGAGUAGGACGAGGGGGACGAGUGGCGAGAGGAGGGGCGAGAGUACGGCCUAUCCCAAGUCGGCGUACAUGGACGAGGAGAUGUCUUCCCGUAUUCGGGAGCAGGACGAGCGUGAAGAGGAAGAGCGCGGGAGGUCCAGGUCGCGCAGUCGCGGUGGAUCAGGCGGGAACGGUCGACAGGCGUCAGCGCGCGGUUCGUCCGAGCAGUACACUCAGUCGGCCAAUGCCCAGCGCAGCAGGAGCAGAACCAAGGCGGUUGCAGAAGCGACGGCUAAGGCGGUCGAGGGAGCUCAGCAGCGCGGGCAGAGUGGGAGUCGCGAGCGGGCGGGUCAGUCGGCUGGCGCUGCUACCGACGAGCGAGGACGCGGACGUGGUUCGAACCGCGCGGAGAACCUGCCUGCGACGCUCGAGGAAGAAGGCGAAGACGAAGCCGACCGCGGCCGGUCCUCCACCUCGACCCGCUCCGCCUCUGCACCGCGCGACUCGACCACCGACACGCAGAACAACCUCCUCUCGCCCUCUUCCGCCGCACAAGCAGUCCGAGGCCCCUCGAGUUCGGGUGCGACGCCGACGUUCAUUCCGAGCAGUCAUGCGCUGGUUGCGAUCCCCGAGAGCGAGGAGUUGUCGCUGCCGCCGAGCGAGGCGGGUGAUGAGACAGAGGAGGGGGACGGCGAUUCGAAGAAGCAGGACGGCGAGGACAAGGAGGAGGAAGAAUCCGACCCGCCUUUCGAGAUGGACGAAGACGUCGACGUCGAGGAGCUCGACAUCGGCUCGUCUCGCCAGCCCGCGCCGCUCGAGAGCCCCAGCCUCGAAAUCGCCAACGGCGACACUCCUCCUCCGCAAUCCGUCGCCGGCCAGUCGCGUUCACGCCAACCGCCAUCUUCGACUCAGCCCUCGUCGUCUUUCCGCCCGGGCUCGUUCCAGCGCGCCUCGGCUCUCUCGGCGUCUUACAACGCCUUGCUCGCUUCACCCCGCGCUUUGGCAGCUACCAAAUCCCCUCUCUCGCCUCCCACCGUCCAACCUAUCUCUCCCUCCGUCGCGGCCAUCCGUUCCUACGGCUCCACCACCCGCUCCUCAUCCGACUUCAGCCCCUCACGCACCGCCGCAGCCCUAAACUCACUCGACACCCUCCCGCCCUUCUCGCCUCCCGAAGCGCACGCACAUCUGACCUCCUCAGCGCGGGACGACGCCGAGAACGCUCUCGCAGCUGCGACGUUCGAGCAUGCGACGCUUUCCCGCGGGCGGAGGGGGGCAGAAGGAGCGGGACCGGAUCCGAGGGAGGUUAGGCGCGGGGAACAGAAGAUUAGGGAUGUGCUUGCUAUGGAUGUGCCGAGUCAUCGGCCGAGGAACUCGAAGAGGGAGAGGGAGGGGAGGGUUGGGCUUGAGGCUGUCAAGGGGAGGGCGGCGCUCGAGUCGGAUGAGGAGGAGGAGGGGGACGAGGAGGCGGUCGAAGAUGGCGACGACGAGCGCAUGACCCGCUCGACUGCUGCGUUGGGCGUCACGGCUCCAAGCGGCCAGAUCGACCCCGCCACAAACGCUUUCGUCGGUUCGCUCCCCAUCGCCCUCGGCCGUCCUUCGACCAUCAACGCCGCGCUCUCGUCGUGGCGACCGGACCCUGAGCGCUUGUGGGCUCAACAGCGCCGCGAGCGGAAGACGAGCAUCUCGAGUCGCGGCGAGGCGGGGUGGGUCCCGCCGCUCAAGACGGGCUUUGGAGCGCCGAUGCCGACUCAGGGCGGGAGGGCUGCGGCCGUCCUCCCUCACCAGCAGCAGCACCAACAGGCGUCGUCGUCGUCGUCGACGCAGCCGCUCGAGAUUGGGAGCCCGUCGACGCCGAGACCGGUUGCGGGCGGGUCGAGUCUCGCGCAGAGUUUGCGGCAUGCGUCGUUCAGCCAUCGCGCUGCUCUCGACGAGCGUGGGACGAACGGAGGGGCCAGCGGGGAGGGAGUCGAGGAUGCGGACGGAGGAGAGGACGAGGACGACGAGGACGACGGCGAGUUUGUGCCGCCUCACCUCGUCGCGGAUCGCAAGGGCCGGCGGAGUGACGAGGCGAUGCUGAGCCGGAGUGUGUCGAGCUGA